GUGACGCCAUUACAUUCGCGGGGCUGUCUUCGCCUGUGUUCCGUUUCCAGUCGUUAACCCGGCCAACCUGUGGGACAGGCAUGUGUAAAACACGCUAAUGUCCACGAGAGUGGCAAUUUUGAGAAAGAAAGAAUCGUAAAUCAGUUAAAACCACCUCGGGUUUCUGUUCGAGGCGGCUGCAUUUCCUCCCUUCCUGGAGCUGACUCGGUAAUCACCGGAACGACGAGAGAAGGCAAGGAGCAAUGUCGCACCAUUCAUCCUCCCGUAGCUCUUCACGGGCCACCGACUGUAAAGUCUACGUCGGAGACUUGGGCAACGGGGCCGCCAAGGGGGAGCUGGAGCGAGCGUUCAGUUAUUACGGCCCACUGAGGACCGUCUGGGUGGCCAGGAACCCGCCUGGGUUUGCGUUUGUGGAGUUUGAGGACCCCAGAGAUGCAGAAGAUGCAGUGAAAGGCAUGGAUGGAAAGCUCCUCUGUGGAUCACGUGUUCGAGUGGAGUUGUCUACUGGCCUCUCCAGGAAGGGUCGUGGACGCCCCAGCCGGCGGCAGUUCGACCCCACCGACCGGUGUUACCAGUGUGGGGACCGCGGCCACUAUGCUUACGACUGCUACCGCUUUAGCAAGCGAGGAGGCCGUCGCAGCAGGUCUCGCUCUCGCUCCCGCUCCCGGUCUCGGUCUAGGUCCAGGUCCAGGUCCCGCGGACGCCGUUAUCAUUCUCGCUCUCGCAGCCGCAGCCAAAGCCGGAGCCGUCGUCGAUCUCCAUCCUAUUCCAGACGCAGAAGCAGGUCUGGCUCCCCGGCCCGCUCCAAGUCCAGGACUCCAGUGAGAAGUCGCUCUAGGUCUCGGUCUCGGUCCGCCUCUGCGCCCAGAAGGCGUUCCGCAUCCCGCUCUCGAUCACGAUCCCCGGCGGCCAAUCACAAGAAGAGCAGCGUGUGGUGGGAGCUGAGCACUGCACAGACACCACAGCUGACACCAGGCCCAGGGUCUGCCAGCUGGCGGUGUGCACGUCCUGCGGGAGGGUGACUAAGCGCUGACCUGAGAUCAGCCUUCGCCUGCAGCCGGUGUUAGACAGCGAGAAAGAGGUCGACCUACCGACCGAACCCUCCCACACAGUGAAUGGGCGACCCCGUCUGUUCGACCGACGCUCAGACGCACACAGUAGCUCUACUCGGGUCACCAGCCAGCCGUCAGACGUACCAGAGGGCCGACCCACACAGAUCAGAACCGACCACCUCCGUUUAAAAUCCAUUACCUACCUACCAGACCCCCUACCUACCAGAGUUCUUCGGCCUCUGUCUUAGCUUCUGAAAGUGAGAGAGAGCUGACGAGAGAUCAGUCUUCAAGAGCCUUCGCAGCGCAGUGUCUCUCCAAGUUGUAGUCAUCCGUCCUACAGUCCUUUCAUCCUUCGCUUCUCUGUACUUGUUGUUUCUGCCACUGUCUCCAAAGGUAACCAAAAAUCAAACGCCCUGACAAGCUCAUGUUCAUAGUGAAAGAUAAUGCACAGGGUUGAUGUAUUUCUGGGAGUGUGUGUGUGUGUGUGUGUGUGCGUGUGUGUGUGUGUGCGCGUGUGUGUGUGAGAGAGAUAUUUUGAUUGCUAUCUCUGAGGAGGCUUUGUCAGAUGUAUUCUUUUGCUAUACAUGUUUGCUACAUCAUUACCAUUCUAGGCCGUUUUACCAUCUCAGUACAGUGGAAACUGCUUAUGUUGGAUCAGAACACUCGCUAUGCAGAGGCUGUCUGCAUCAUUUGCAAAUAACCAAGAAGUCCUUUUACAUUUGACAGUUUGUUUUCCUCAGGCUGCGUUCUGCAGUCUGCACAAGUAUAGAAACCGUUGUGGUUGCUAAUAAGGCUCUAUGGCUAAAGUUGAUGCCUAACUUAAAAAUAAAUGAAUAAAUAUUGACUGUCAAUUAGGUGGUGAAGAAAAAACAAUUAAACAAUCACCCAUUUGUGAACCAAAUCAAGGUGGAUGGAUCUGAUUACCGUUUAAGAAGUGUCCACUGUACUUUCUUGUAUCACUUAAACUUUAUGAUAAUAAUGGUGGCUUUUAAAUAGAGUGGUGUAAACACAGAAGGAAUAAGUUGUAACCAUCUCCUCAGAGCUGUAACUACGCUAACCAUCUGUUAUAGUCGCAGGAGAAAAUACCUGUUUCAGUUAUCUGAAUGGCCCUCAGGGAUUCUGUAUUGUAUUUAGUCUUUUGCCGCAGGGCUUUUACUUUGAAGAUUAGUUGCUGUUAGACCGAUUUUUAGAUCACCGGUUCUUCACAUGAACCUUUUUGUUUAGAGACACCAAAGGAGCUUGAUCCAGUCAGGAACUUUCUUAAAAGGUGUACGCUGUGUUAAGAUGUUUAGUGUAAUGUUUGUGUGUGUGUGUGUUCCAUCCUCCCCUGCGGCAAACUAACCCCUCUCCCUUUCUGUUUCAGUCGCUCCCGUUCAGCAAGUCAACACCGAAGUCCGACGCCAGCAGACACCUGAGCGAAGAAGACUAGUUAGUUUAACAGACAGACCCCCCCCUGUCCCCCCGGUCUGCUUUUACAGCCCUACAGCAAGGUUUUCUUCUUUUAUACUUGUCCGUCUAGUCAGAUUUUAUUUUCUGUAGUUACAUUUUUUUCCCCCAAGACUAGACCUUGUGCAGCCUCAGAUUGUUGAAGAUUUAGUCAGUACAGCAGACAAAGUAAUUUCUGUUGUGUUUUUCUGCCUCUGCAUGUCUCAUCUUUCUUUGCAAUGCUCACCACCGUGGCCGUUAAUUUUUGGCAGCGGUUAGAGCGGCUUGGACAGCAAACUUCCGGUGAAAAGAAGGGACCAGUUCGUGCGGUUCCCCCAUUGAGAAUCUGCUUCUUUUUUUCUCCCGCGCUCCAAUUGAAUUGAGUUCCGAUGCUGUUAAAAGUCGCUGCUGGCCCGCAUGCCUUUACAUUAAAUGUCACAUUCCUACCGUUUGUUGUUUCUGUGUUGCACUGCCCCUUCAGGAACCUGUUCACAUUGUGCUGAAUAGAUUUCUCCCAUGUGUUGAUCUCCCAUUUGUUCCAGUGUAUUUUUAAUUUUAAGAUAUUACACAGUAACAGUGCUGAAGUUGGAUUUCUGUAAGGACUGCUUUAACAGUCAUGUUCCUGGCUUGUAUGUUAAGACAGUGGCAGUUUUAUUUUUCAAUAAACCUCUUCAACAUACCUUA